AUGAAACACAUCAAGUCCAAAAAAACUCGGUGUGUGGUAAGUGAGCAUGUCGCGAGCGAACCUCCUCUGAGAUUGGAGACACUUGUUUGGUUUUUCACCACUGUGGACCCUCAUGUGGAUAAGAAGCUUGUACCUGGCGUUGAAUGGUCCCACUCUGGGACAUCCUUGCCACAUACAUGCAAAUUGGUCAUUGGAGUUACCAAUUUCCUUGUCCUUAUCUUUCUGCGAUCUUCUUCCUCCGUGGCCAUUAUUAGCAGAGGAUUCAACGUGUAGCUUCUCGAUAUGCUUGACAAGACCGUCAAGAUUGUUAAAAACAUAGCCACAGUUGAUCCAAAGACACUGGAG